CACAUACAGGUAGCCACAGCAAAACAGCCUUGCCCAGGUGCUCACAGGAGCACAGCCCAGUGCCACCCUAUGUAGCCCCUCCAGAGGAUGGCUGGUGGGGACUGAGGACCCAGAGUGGUGACAAGGGGUCUUGGCCACCACACGCUGGUGCUGGCACAGCUGCUGGCCACCAAUGCCUCAAGCGUCCCCACAGUUUUGUUUACCAUGCCACAACCUCCUAAAAUCGGGAGUGUGGCCACAUCUCAGCCCCCGUGCCCAGGAACCUAAAGAGCCCCUUGGGGAGGGCAGGCGCAGGCAAGGAGGUGUGGCACAGCAGCAAGGGGAACCUGUAUAUCAUGUCUGGAAGAAACAAUCUUGGGACAGCCCAGCUGGCAUCAGUUGCCCACAGGAAGCACAAGGACAGCCAUCCCUGACCGAGCAGCACUACACGUCCCCUGGGUGUGACCCACCAGGCUCUGCUCCCCUUGAGCGUGUAUUACCCCUGGCCAAGGCUUCCCCAGCAUCCCUGCCACCACCCCUCCACGGGACAUGGCUGCCCAGAGAGUAGCCGUCAUUGGGGCUGGUGCCUCUGGCCUCUGUGCCCUGAAAUGCUGCCUGGAUGAGGGGCUGGUACCCACCUGCUUCGAGAGGAGCGGGGACAUCGGGGGGCUCUGGCGCUUCGAGGAGCACCCCGAGGAGGGCCGUGCCAGCAUCUAUCGCUCCGUCAUCAUCAACACCUCCAAGGAGAUGAUGUGCUUCAGCGACUUCCCCAUCCCCGAGGACUUCCCCAACUACAUGCACAACUCCAAGAUCAUGGAGUAUUUCCGCAUGUACGCCCAGCACUUCCGCCUGCUCCGCCACAUCCGCUUCAGGACCAGCGUGUGCCGCGUUUCCAAGCGCCCCGACUUUGCCACCACGGGCCAGUGGGAGGUGGUGACAGAGAGCGAGGGGAAGCAGGAGGCGGCCGUCUUCGAUGCCGUGCUGGUGUGCACCGGGCACCACUGCGAGGCACAUCUCCCACUGAGCUCCUUCCCAGGGCUGGAAAAGUUUGAGGGCUGGUACCUGCACAGCCGAGACUACAAGGUCCCGCAGUCCUUUUCAGGGAAGCGGGUGGUUGUUGUCGGCGCUGGGAAUUCAGGUGUUGACAUCGCAGUGGAGCUGAGCCACACAGCAGAGCAGGUCUUCCUCAGCACCAAGCGCGGGACCUGGGUGCUGCACCGGCUGGCAGAUGGCGGGUACCCCUUUGACUUCGCUUACAUCAGGCGCUCCAUACAGCUCCUCCGCAGCCUGGUACCACAUGACGUCAGCAACUUUUUCCUGGAGAGGAAGCUCAACGCCCGCUUCGAUCAUGCGCUCUAUGGCCUCCAGCCCCAGCACCGAAUCUUUGAGCAGCAUCUGACCAUCAAUGAUGACCUGCCAAACCGCAUCAUUUCGGGCAGGGUGCUGGUGAAGCCUAACAUUCAGGAGUUCACGGAGACGUCUGCCAUCUUUGAGGAUGGCACCAGGGAAGAUAUAGACGCUGUGGUCUUUGCCACGGGAUACAGCUUCUCCUUCCCCUUCCUGGAGGGCUGUGUGAAGGUGGUGGAGAACCAGAUCCCCCUCUACAAAUUCAUGUUCCCUCCUGACUUGGAGAAGUUGACACUGGCUUUCAUCGGCUUCGUCCAGCCCCAGGGUGCCAUCAUGCCCAUCUCUGAGCUCCAGUGUCGCUGGGCCACACGUGUCUUCAAAGCCUCCUCCUCCCCAGGGCUGCAGCACCUGCCGCCACCUGCCGAUAUGCUGGCUGAUGUCACACAAACCAAGGAGAAAAUGGCCAAGCGGUACGUGAGGAGCCAGCGGCACACCAUCCAGGUGGAUUACAUCCCCUACAUGGACGAGCUCGCCUGUCAGGUGGGCGUCAAGCCCAACCUGCUUACCCUCUUCCUCACCGACCCCCAGCUGGCGCUGGAGGUGGCCUUCGGGCCCUGCACACCGUACCAGUACCGCCUGCGGGGCCCGGGCUGGUGGGCCGGUGCGAGGGAGGCCAUCCUCACCCAGCACCAGCGCAUCAUCAAACCCCUGCAGCCCAGAGCUGGGGGCCGCCCUGCCCGCUCCGGCACCGUGCCACACAUCUUCAAGGUCAUCUUCAGCGUGGGUUUGAUUGUGGCCACACUUGUCUAUGUCUCACUCUCUCCUUAACCUAAAAUGAAAGAGACAGCGGGUGCUCCUGACAAUCGUCUUCCUUUCCUUUGGGCUCGGGUGUUUCUGUCAUCUCUUGCUAGGUCUGCCGCCAUGUCAGGAAGCACAGAGGGAGUCAGUUUCUUGAAGACACAGCUUAUCAUAGAAUCAUAGAACGGUUUGGGUUGGAAACUCAUCUAGUCCAACUCCUGCCAUGAGCGGGGACAUCUCCACCCAGAUCAGGCUGCUCAGAGCCCCAUCCAGCCUGGCCUGGGAUGUCUCCACCACCAAUCUGGGCAACCUGGGCCCAGGUCUCACCACCCUCAGUGCAGCAAAUGCCAGCCAGCCUCGCCUGUCUCACCUUCCUGUGGUACUGGGAACAUACCAGAUCUUGUAGGGGGCUGCUCUGAGGACAGAGAAUCCCUCCCCUUCCCUAAACCCCGGCCCAGCAACCCCACAAGCUCUACCCACGGGUUAGGCAGUGGGGAAACCGGGAACUGGCCCGGCCAGGGCACUUGGGGAAGGGAACAAUAAAGUUUGUCCCCAUGCAUGGGGACCAGGGAA